CUUGUUUUUUUACCAUAAAAACAAACUAGGGAAAUUCCGGACUUGUCUUGUGGACGCUGACGAAACUUCCCCUUCAUCCUUUUCUGCACUUCGACAAUAACCUUGAGCUCCCGUUACUUACACCGCAGUCCGCUGCUUUUUGUCCGCGAAGAAAGUUCUGCUCUUGAAAAGGAAGGACUAAAUGGUGAAGUGAGAACAGUGUUGCUCCAACCACAAACCCCAUCAUGGAAGUGAUGCAGACCGUGGAGACUGAGGAGAGGAUGACCUGCCUUCAGGUCCAGUUGUACCACCCCCAGCAGGCUUCCAAGGGCCUGUACUGUCAUCUUCCCCUGGACUGCAGCAGCAAACACCAGGCUGAGGAUCCCCUGAGGCUGGGCAGGGACGAAAAGGUCUGCACGUAUAUCCUGGUCGACCCUCGAGUCUCACGCAAACAGCUAUCCCUGCAGGCCUACCGCACUGCCCAAAGCCCUGACCUGCUCUUCACUGUGCAGAACCUAAGCCAGAAAGGACGUCUGAUGGUCAACGGAUCAGAGUUGGACUACCUAGAGAGGGCAGAGCUUCCAGCCAAGGCCCUCCUCCGGUUUGGGGAUUAUGAGAUCCUGAUUUGCCGGGAGCCAGGUGAGGCUAAGGGGAGCUUUGAGGUGGAGUUUGGGGUGCUGACUGUGCCACCCUCUAGAGAAAUGGGUUUGGGUGUGUCCACCAUGACACCGGUUAUGGACACAGGUUUAGGCCAUGAUGUUAGUAAUGACUUCCCAGCAGAACUCAUAAGCACUCAUGUACCAUUAGAGUGUGAUGAAACAUUCAUCUACCAGUCGUAAGUCAUAUCAACCAGUGUGGACAAUAUAAUAUUCUUUUUUACAAAUGCCUUAGUGUCUUUGCUAUGAACAUUGUUUGAGCCUUAUGUUCUUGUAUAGAAAGUAGCCUACAGUAAUAGGAAGAAACUGUGAAUUGUCAUGCCAUUGAGGCUUAUUUAUUACUUUUAUAAUAUACGUAUCUUAUUUAUUUUAACCAUUUGGUAGCGUGUACUGUCAAUUAGAGAGAUAUACAUUGAGAAUCAUGCACUCCCACAUUAUGUAUUACUUUAAACAUUUUUGUUAAUCAGUA